GGGCCCUGGGCCUGCUCUCGCGAGACUUGCCUGGCGUCGGAGCGCGGGGCCUGACCCUAAAGGAAAGCUGGAUCUGCGGGUGGGGAACAUGUCGGACUCAGACCUCGGCAGGAAGUGGGACCGGUGCAUGGCGGACACACUCGUGAAGAUAGGUACUGGAUUUGGAUUAGGACUUAUUUUCUCCCUUACCUUCUUUAAAAGACGAAUGUGGCCAUUAGCCUUUGGUUCUGGCAUGGGACUGGGGAUGGCCUACUCCAACUGCCAGCACGACUUCCAGGCUCCGUAUCUUCUACAUGGAAAAUACGUCAAAGAGCAGGAACAGUGACAGACCCCAGGACAUCCCAGUGGGAGGAGAAGAGAAUCAUGUUUAUUCCUCAGGAAUACUGAAGUGCCCUGGAGUAAGCUGAGUUCUUCUGUAACAAUGUUAUCAGUAAUGCUUUCAACUCCAGCACACUGUUUAUGUAUUUGAAACCAAGUCUGUUUCUUGUUUUGUAUUUUCUCUCUGGAAAUUGCAAGGAGGUGGUCUUAAAAAAAUAAAUUAAACAAAAAUAGGCAGCCC